CCAGGCGCACGCUUAGCAACGGCGUGAGGACGCGUCGCGCUAUUAAUGUUUAACCGGGCCCCAAUCAUUCACUCCCACGCGUUACACCACAACUAUUAGCACGUACUACUACUACUACUAGUGUUACUGCUACAGUUAUUGCCUAUUGCAGGCGAUUAAGCGCUGCGUUAUGAGCUGGCGUCGUGAGUAGAAACCCUCGGGGUUCGUGCUCCUGCAAGCUCAACAGGGCCGUUGCAGUGCUUCAGGAUGAGCAGCAGUGACCAUGAAGAUGAUGGAGAGUGGAACGAAGAAGAGGAGGAAGAGGAGGAGGAAACAGAAGAUGCGGAGCAGCUGGAAAAAUCAGAGAGAGAUGAGGAGAGGGUGGAGGUGGGGAGUGGGAAGGAGGAGGAGGAGGAGGGAGAGGAAGGUGCAUGGGAGGGAGAUGAAGGGGACUAUGAGGAUGCAUUGGCACCGGUUGAAAUUCGGGGACCCUUCCUCCCUUGCCCACCUCCCAUCUCCUCUCUCCAGCAGAGCUUUGUGGAGGUGUCUGCCAGCCCAGCCUUCCACUGCCUCGAUCAGCUGUUUCACGCAGGCCAGAUCACGGGUGCACGCGUUGCCCAGCUCAAGGAGCUGUACAGCCGCUUGCAGGAAUCUUUCAAACUGACCCGCGACUCGGAGGAGGCGCUGCUCCGGGAGACGAAGCGCUACACAGAGGAGCUGCAGGGCCAGAGGGGGCAGCUGGAGAGUGCCGACGCCUUCCCCGACGGGCAGAGCACGGACGUGGGGCGGCUCCGCUCCCAGCUGCUGCGUCACCACAAUGCCCUGUCUCAGAGCGAGGAGACCCACACUCAGCUGCACUACAAGAUCCAGAGUUUACAAGAUGAGAAGAAUUUGCUUCAAAAGGAAUAUGAACGCAUGCCAAAGCCAGGGGAUCUGGAGAGAAAGGCCAAGCUGGUCAUGGAGGGCUGCGAAGAUCUACGUAGGGAGGUGUCCCAGCGCAAGGCAGAGGUGCAGAGUCUGCAGGAGGAGCUGGAAAGCAGGAAAGGGCAAAUGAUUCGGGAGCAGAAGAGCCUGAACCAGCAGAAGAUUCUGCGGGAAAAUCUUAAGAAUGAACUGGUCCAGAUCCACAUGGUUCCCGGAGAGAUUAUGAAGGAGAUCAAGGCGGUGGAGCACAAAAAACAGGAGCAGGAGGAGCGGCGGGCGGCGCUGGAGGCGCAGAGCCGAGAUGCCCAGGCCGCACUGGCGGGGGCAGCGGUGCGGGCGGAGGAGGCACGGCACGAGGCGGUAGCGGUGGCAGAAGAGCUGGACGCUCGGCGUACGCAGCUGGACGCGCAGCGGCACGAGCUGCAGAGGCUGGCACGAGACCUCGCCUUCGCUGGAGAGCGGGAGGCCCAGCGCCUGGGCGACCGGGCCACGUGCGACCUGCGUCUGCGCCACGCCGGCGUCGAGAAGAGGGCGCAGCACGAGCUCCUGCUGCAGCGCGAGCGCGAGAAGGAGCGCGAGCUGCGCGCCCUCGCCAAGGCCGACAAGCAGUUGAAGGCGGCGCGUGACGCGCUGGCGCUCGUGCAGAGCGCGCAUGCCAAGACGCAUGCGCAGGUCGACUCCAUGCCCCAAGAUGACGGUUCCAACGUACACAGAAUCAAGGAAUUGCGCGAUGACAUUGAAGCAAAGAAAAGGCAAUUGUUAAAGGAGGAGUCACUGAGCGAAGCGGAGGCACGUGCCGUGGAGGCUCAGCUGGCGGAGGAGGCUCGGCUCGGUGGGCUCCACACGGAGCUGAGGGAGCAGCUCAGGAGCCUGCUCCACCUGGCGCAGGUGAAGGCCGAGGAGCGCGAGCAGAAGUCCCGUGACAGCGCCAAGGCCAAGAUUCGAUACGAACGGAUACUGCAGGAGGUCAAAGCCAAGGACCUCUCCAUCGUGGACCACAGGAAGAGGCACCAGGAGAUCGUGUUGAGGCUCAAGGAGUUUUCCCAGCUCUACAACGUCAUCAAGCUGGAGCGCAACAGGUGCGCCAACAUGAUCCUGGCGGCGGCGCAGCAGAGCGCCGAGACUCGAGAGAAGCUCAAGAUCCUGGAGAACGAGCUGGAGAUCCUGGUCUCCUCAUCCAGCAGCAAGGCCCUAAUGGUCCAGAAGCGAAGGAAGAAGCACCAGACGGUGGCGCUGUCCCGCGAUAGCGCCCGUGCGGACACGACGCGGUGCGGGCGUGAAGGGCGAGAGCUGGAGGAGCGGCGCCAGCGCGGCCAGGAAACGCUGGCGAGGCUGCUCGCCCACGUCGAGCGAGCGCAAAGCGGCACCCGGGAGCUACGCUCGCGCUACGAAGAGGCCGUGCGUCAGCGCAGAGCCCGGGCGUCCCAGCUGCUGGAGCGCGAGGGCGAGGUGUGCGCGCUGUACGAGCGCCUGCACGUGGGCGACACGGCGGCACGCGAGGGCCACGUGGCGCUGCAGGCCCUGGAGGAGGAGGCGCGCUUCUUGGCCAUGGCGCGCCUCGAGGAGACGCGGCAGCUGGGCCUGGCACGCCGCGACGGCCCGAGCCGGCGCACGCUGGACGAGCAGCUCAUCGGCCUGCACCUGCAGCUGUUGCAGUACCAGGACCACAUCCGUGAGCUGGAGGGGCAGCUCGAGGACCCCGAGGGCCGCAGGGUCCGAUUCCUCGAAGGAAAGGACCUCUCCCCCAGUGAGCUCGCCAGGAAAACUGAGGAGCUGGAGGAGCAGCUGGCGCACAAGGAGGAACAGCUGCUGGAGAAACAGCUAGUGCUGGAGCAGGUGUCUCGGCUGGCGGAGCGUGCAGAUGCACAGGCGCGCGAGGGGCACAACGACACUUUGUCGCUCGCUGGGAAGAUGAACGGGGCGCGGGGCCGCCUGCGCGCCCGCACGCGCCGCCUCAUGGCGCUCGUGUCGGAGCUGGCCAUGCGGCAGGCGGCGGCGCUGCGCCUGCAGCAGGAGGUGCGGGAGCGGGCGGCGCUGGUGGAGUCGUGCCACGCGCGACUCGCCCAGGGGCUGGCGCCCUGCGACGGCGCCGAGCGCGAGUGGCGCAGCGCGCUCCGCGACGAGCACCGGCGCCGGUGCGAGCGGCUGGCGCGGCAGAAGGAAGAGGCGGCCGCGGCGGACCGGACUAUGGCCGGCGACGGCGCGGCCUCCACCGCCGAGCCGCGACCCAAUUGCUACAUCCCCGACGACGAUUUGGGACUCCCCGUGCCGCGACCCUACGGAGCCCUGGCCCCGUUCAAGCCCAGCGAGGCAGGGGCCUCAAUGAGGCACAUCCGCAAGCCCAGCAUCAAGCCCAUCGAGAUUUAGAGCAGGGCCUGCCAACUGCGGGGUCGCGCACACCCACGGGAGGCAACUGUGAUGAGCUGGCCUCUCUCUGACUAUUUAAGGAAUCGAUCGCUCCACCAUUGCUCAACAAAUCGGAUAACACGACGGUAGUCGAAAUGCAACGUCCCUAAUGUGUUCCCACGUGUGACGGGGGACAGGAGGUCAUGAGCAGAGUUUGAUGGCGUCAUGGUCAUCGUCGGCCGCGUCGCGCUAGCAGUGACGGCCGCCGAGUGAUCGACGGCAGAAAGAGUCUCUCACGUAAGUUUUAGUGGAGGGAUUGACUUGGUCGCCUCGUCGUGCCAGCUCGCACCUGUCAAGGUAGUGGAGCGCCCAGAGGCCACAUCCACACUCCCCCUUUCCCCACUCUCGAGCCAGGUCUGGAUGCAUAUUGAAGUAAUUAUGUCUCCUUGUUCAUGACGUGACAGUCUUGUCGGGUGGUGGAGGGUUAAUGACAAGAAUUUUGGCAUAAAACUACCACGUGGCCUAACCCAAAACCAAGCGUGGACUCAUUGCCAUGGCUACGAAAGCCGGGUCCUAUGUUCCUCUUCCUGGCUCUCAAUGCAAUGCCAAUCGUGCAUCUUUGAGUACUUAACAGUUUCUACAUAUGUUUGAGUUGCGUCCUUAGGAAGGCUGAGACGUACAUUAGAUAAACUCUGCAACCCUGCAGUGUAACACAUGUGGGUUUCCUCCCAUACGUAUUAACACAAUCUGGUUUCCAACUCUCUGGGUUUGACCCAUGAACUGUGUAUUGACAUUAAUAAAUUGUCUGAAAACAUCUUAACAUAUAUAGGGGACUGCAGAACUUGGGAAAUUGUUGGUGCCGGCUCAUCACCUGGCUGCUGCCUUCCCAGUUGUCUGUGGUUCCUCUCCGUGCCUCUGAGUUGUUCUCUCAUUGAGAGCGAGUGAGUAAUGUGUGGCGGCACGUUGCAAGUUAAAUUGAUUAAUGUUACAGUGGCAUUCCACUCAAAAAAAAACAAAGCGCCAUUGAAGCCGGCUACUCAUUUGUAUUCGAUUUGCCAAAUCAUAUUAUGAUAAAUUAUUAUAUUAUAAAAAUUAUUAAUUGUGACUGCUAUUUUUCAGAUGUUUUGUAAUUGUAUGCUUUGCCAAAUUCAGACUAAAUGAUGGACUAUGAACUACAUCUUUUUUUGGUUAUUAUGGAAGCAAUUUGUUUUCAUUAUUUGUGUUAUCCCAAUGGUAACGUGUGGCUGUAGUGUGAACAUUCACAUAGUAUGUGUUGGCGCAGUGUAGCAAUAUGUUGAAACGGUGUUGUCACUGAGUAACCCUUAUGUCUUGACUUAAAGCUUUCGUGACUGCAGGAAUUCAUAUUUUUUGGGUCUUUCGCUAAAGUCACGUAGAUAGAAAUAAAAUAAAUAUGUAAAUAUCAGGACGUUUCGAUCGCAACAGCAGCUCUCCCACUGUAUUUUUUACCUGAUGACGAUUGCUUGUUUUGCGAUCGAUACGUCGUGAUAUUUUUAUUUUAUUAUAAUUUUUCUAUUUACGUGGCUUUACCGAAAGACCCAAGGAAUAUAACCCUUAUGUGGUUUAAACAUAUUCUUGAAUUGUGUGAAGUUUUCCUAUUUUUAAAUGUGCAUGGUGGCAACAUCAUUGUUUCACGUGGAUAAAUUGUACCCAUCAGUGGAAUAAGUGUGGCUUAUGCUGCCCUCCCAGUCGAAGAUGGAUAUAAGCCACAACCCAGGGGAGCUUAUGUCUUAAAUUGUAUUGAUUAACCAACCUUUUCUGCAAAUAAUAACCUUGUAAACGUAUAACAAUCGUAACAAUGCCUUUAACAUAUGUGCAGAAUUGGUUCUGUUCAGUUGAGUACUUCCCUACCAAGUGGCUUCUGCUGUAUCGCAGCAGUGAACAGAUAUGCAAUCACACAUGCACACAUCGGAGUGAGAGAGAGAGCCCAGCCACAGCAACACUUCCUGCAAUGGGCAUGCAUGUUGACAGCGAUAGGGCUCGCCAUUGCUUAUAGUUGGUGCCUACGCAGCAUUUAAAUAAAGACACAAAUGCAGAAGCAAA